AUGCGACGAUUGUUCGAGAUCUUAAACAUACCACUUUCGAUACAAAGGACAAUUUUGGACAAGGUUUCCACCGGAAGACGUCUACGGAAGCUUUUACAACUGGAUCCAGCUGAGUAUAUGUUAGCUAUUUCGGGAAAUGAUGCUCUUAGGGAAUUAUCUUCAUGUGGAAAGAGUAGAAGUUUCUUUUACCUAACUCAACAUGAUAGAUUUAUGAUUAAGAUGGCGAAGAAAUCAGAAGUCAAGCAGUCACUAGCUCCUGCUAGCUUAACAUUGGAUGAGAGUGUUGGAAAACCGAAACCCAAGGGUGUGUCUGCAAACAAUUCGAUCAGUAACAACGAGAAUAUAUUCGAGAGAGACGAAUAUCCUGUAAUUGUGAAUGGUGUCAUGCUCAGAGAGUGCAAAGAGAAUGAGAUUCAGAAUUCAUCGAAAGAGGCAGUUGACUUCAUGGGAGCAUCACUUAGAAGUAAUGGCCAGCACACUAGAGAAGAAAGUGUUGCUAAAUACGAAGCUUGGAUAGAGCUUGAUCUAUCUCAGACAAGAUCGAACGCUUCCGAGAACCAAUCUUUUUAG